AUGUCGCCCAUCUCACCGAGCUCACCCACGUCGUCGUCGUCGCUGAGCAACACUCGACCGCUGUCGGCCGCUGUCUCGUCGUCGUCGCCCUCGGCGUCAACCUCAAUGUCAGCCUCGCCGCCGUCGUCCGCCACGCCGUCUUCCGCAGCAUCGGAACCACCAGCGGCGGAGGUGCGAUUGACCCCCAGCUCGGAAGGAGGUGCCAAGGAGCCGACACUGCUGUCGACACUGUCCGCCAACGAUGAGGAGUCGUUGCUGUGCCUGUGUGUCGCGCAGGACGAUGCGAACGUUGCCAGUGUCGGUGUCGGUGGGGGUGCUCGAGCAGGAUUGUCAUCAUCGUCGUCGUCGUCGUCGUCGGGGAGGGUCUAUGCAGGAAGUCAGGGUGGAUCAAUUCAUGUACGUCCCACUCGAUGGGUCGUUCCACCGAGCGAGCUGAUCCGACUGACUCCAGCUGCCCCCCACUACAGGUGUGGAGCUUGGCCUCACUCAGUAGGAUCGCUCGGCUUUCCGGUCACACCGGUGCCGUGUUGGCCCUCGAAACCGUAAACGAGAACGGAUGGCUCAUCAGUGCUAGUGGUCAGUCACCUCACCUCGCCCCAUCACCCAACUGUCCGCACGUCCGCUCAGGUCUCUCUGCCGAUCCCGGCCAGCGCUGAUCGUGUUGCUGCACAAUACAGGUGAUGGCACAAUCAGGGUCUGGCACACGCCCACGCUCUCGCCCUUGUUCCUCAUACACCCGCCCCACGACAACGUCGGCGACAUCUUCUCGCUCGUCUACGUACCCGAUCGCUUCAUCUCCGACGACCCGCCCGACUCGGCCUCGUCCGAGGACCAUGGCCACGACCAUGAGCAGUCCCCAGCGCACCAGAGAGCCAAAUCCAUCUGGGAGCACGACGGCAAGCCAUCAUCGUUCCAGAAUGCGCCCGGAAGGGGGCCGAGCAAGGAGAGGAACAUUCCAGAUAAUUCUGCGCAGAAUAGCCAUGCGCGCGGUGGGGGGCGCCUCUUUGCAGGCUGUCAGGACACCUCCCUCCAAGUCAGUUCUCAUCUGUCGGAGAGGACCGCAUUCCGAGUAGCUGAAACCCUUUCGUUGCCCUCACUCAGUGGAUCGACCUGCCGGCGUUGCCAUCGCCAACCCACGCAGCUCCCUCCGACUUCCCCACAUCCAGAACUCCGACCCCAGCAUUGCCCCCCUACCUCUCCUCCUCCUUCCCCUCCCCAGGUCUCGCAUCAUCGUCUCCCCCCAUCCAUCGCGUGCCCAACAAAUUCUUUGACAACUACGACCUUAAAUCUCGCGCGAUCCCCUUGUUGGGCUCACCUGGUCACACCACCCCCAUCAGCUCGACGCCGAGAGCCAACACAAGCUCGUCCUCACUGACCGACCUGCAGGGCUUGAGUCUGGCCGCAUCCGGCAAGCAUGCCGUUACGGCUGGCGCCUCGGGUGCCUUUGUGGCCAACGGUGGCGAUGGCUCGAUCGACCUGCAGAUCAGCGAAGACUGCAUCGCCACCUUUGCGCACUACGGCUACAUUGUGAGUCGACCACCCUACGCGUGACGGCAGCGGGACUGAUCUUUGCUGCUACUCUGGUUCCUUUCGUAGUACUGUCUAACCUCAUCUUGCUCAAAUGACUCGCCCAUCGUCAUUUCUGGCUCGGGCGACUCGCUGAUUCGACUAUGGUCCCCCCAUCGAUCGUCGCUCUCGCUUAUCCACACCUUGCAUCCGCCACCGUCCGCACCCCCCACCUCCGAAGCCAUUCUGUCGUUGGCGACGCACCCUACACUGCCAACCUUAUUCGCCGGUCACCAAGGGGGUCUCAUCACCAUCUGGGACCUCGACACGUUCCAAUCGCUGCGCAUCCUGACGCCGCAUACGUUUGACGUGUUGAGCAUGGUAUGUCUCGAGCGUGGAGAGCUCUACGCCGGCGAUUCAGGGGGAGGUGUGACGCGAUGUGACAAGGCCUUCACGGUUGUGCAGCGGUGGCAGGCUGCGGGGGAUACGCACGACAGUCGCAGGGAAGGUGCGGUUCUUGGGAUGGCACUGACCGAUGGGAACCGGCGCGGCAAGGGGAGUGAAGCCGUAGCGGGUAGGAAGAGUCUUUUCACGGGAGGUAACGACCGCUUACUGAAGGUUCGUCGAACCCCAAUAGGCUUGAAAGCUUCCUUGAUUGAUGUCGGCUUCUUGGGCCCGCCCACUCUUCAGGUUUGGGACUUGGUCGAGCCACCGGAGCUGACGAAGGAACAGGAAGCUGCUCAAAGUGACAAAGGCUUCCAAGGUGAGCAGAGAGGUGUGCUCAACAUAGCUAUAGCUAGACCUGCUGCUUACGCCGAAGGUUCAACGCUGAUACCGACUACAGGCGAGCUUUUCCACCUGCUGUCGCGCUUCGUUGCCUACAAGUCCAUCGCAUCGCUGCCCAAGCUCCACGCCGAGGAGUGCCGACAAACGGCUCUGUACCUCAAGCGAGUGUUGCGCUCGUUCGGAGCCAGUGUCGCACAGGUCAUCCCGAAUGAGGUCGAGGGCAAGAACCCGUUCGUCUUUGCCCAGUUCUUGGCGAAUGCGCUUCCCAAGGUCGACUCGGCGGGUGCGCCAAUUCUCAAGCGCAAGCGUGUUCUGUUCUACGGGCACUAUGAUGUGGUCGCGGCGGACGAGGAGAAGGAGGGAUGGACACAUGACCCGUGGAAGCUCACGGGGAAAGAUGGCUGGCUUUAUGGGCGGGGAGUCACGGAUAACAAGGUGCAGGAGCAUUGUCGCAAUAUGAGGAGUGACGUGAAGUUGACUCCCCCUGUUUUCCUUCAGGGCCCAAUCCUUGCGAUCGCCUCGGCCGCAUCGUCGCUGCAACUGUCUCAAUCCCUCCCGGUCGAUCUCGUCAUGAUCCUCGAAGGCGAGGAAGAGACCGGGUCAGCUGGAUUCCAGGAAGUGAUCCGCAAGCACCGCUCCUUGAUCGGGGACAUCGAUGUGAUCCUCGUAUCUAACUCUUAUUGGAUCGGCGAGGAUAUCCCUUGCGUGACAUUCGGAUUGCGAGGAGUCAUUCAUGCCAGUCUCAAGGUACGUCCUAACUCGCUCUGCAUUUCGGACCCUUAUUGCUGGUUGGUAAAUGGGGCACUGACGACUUGACCCCAUGUUCUCAUGCAGAUAUCCUCGGAUCAGCCGGAUCUUCAUUCGGGCAUCUCGGGGGGAGUCGUCUCAGAGCCGCUGGUCGACAUGGUCCGGAUUCUCUCCACGUUGACCUCGCCAACGGGCCAAAUUCUUAUUCCCAAUUUCAAUGCAUCCGUGCGCGCGCUAGCGCCGGCUGAGGAUGCACUCUACGACCGCAUCAUUGACCGCUGCUCACCGUUACUGCUGACCAAAGGCUCCCACGAACUCGACCCAAAGAAAUCGUUGAUCGACCGAUGGCGGCACCCUGCUCUUUCAAUUCACGCCGUCACUACGAGUUCCCCUUCCAAGGCGCUGAUCCCCAGUAGCGCCGAGAGCAAACUCUCGAUCCGCAUCGUGCCUGAUCAAUCUCUGGAGGAGGUCAUUGAGAGCUUGAAGCGACAUUUGCAGGAUGCUUUCGCUCGAUUACGGACCCAUAACCGGCUUCAAGUGAGCGUAACGACCCAUUCACGGGCUGCCGCCUCCUUCGCUCUCACUCACUCAACUUUUUUGUAUGCCGUCUCCUACGAACAGAUCGAGAUCAACCACACCUCGACCUUCUGGCUCGCGUCACCCCACUCUCCGGCGAACACGCUCCUUGCAGAAUGCAUUCACGGGGCGUGGGGCAUCGAGCCCCUAUUUAUUCGCGAAGGGGGUUCCAUCCCCUCGCUGCCGUUCUUGGAAGCCGAAUUCGAUGCCGACGCCGUGCACUUUCCCAUGGCGACGGGGCAGGCGAAUGCUCAUCUAGGAGAUGAGAAGAUCCGGUUCGAACAUCUCGAGAAAGGGCGGAGUAUUGUGGGUGAAUGGCUGAGGAGGUUGGACGCGUAGCUUAAUAUGGCUCAUAAGCAAUAUUCUGAAAGGCACGAGAUUGCUCUCGAGCCUCACUGAUUCCGAGUCCAAACAGAAAGGAUCAAACGGUGUAAUUCGCAGGCGAAGAAAGACUACUAA